AUGCUGUCAGCCCGGACUGGGGCCGCGGGGAGUCAGAUCUCGGAAGAGAACAGCAAGUUAAGGAGACAGUCUGGGCUUUCCGUAGGGAGCAAAGACAGAUCUCCCAAGAAAGCCUCAGAAAAGGGGAAAGACGGCAGCCUCGGGCCCUCGGGGCAAACCCAGCUCAGGGCCUGGCAGCUGGCUCUGGCGCGUGAAGCAGAGAUGAACUGGUACCUCAAGCUCUGGGACCUGUCCAGCGAGCACAGCACCGCCUCCAGCACCGGCAUGCCUCACAGGAAUCUUGGAAAAUCAGGACUCAGAGUUUCUUGCUUGGGUCUUGGAACAUGGGUGACAUUUGGAGGUCAAAUUUCAGAUGAGGUUGCUGAACGGCUGAUGACGAUUGCCUACGAGAGUGGAGUUAAUCUCUUUGAUACUGCCGAGGUCUAUGCUGCUGGGAAGGCUGAGGUGAUUCUGGGGAGCAUCAUCAAGAAGAAAGGCUGGAGGAGGUCCAGCCUGGUCAUAACAACCAAACUCUACUGGGGUGGAAAAGCUGAAACAGAAAGAGGGUUAUCAAGAAAACACAUUAUUGAAGGACUGAAGGGCUCCCUCCAGAGGCUGCAGCUUGAGUAUGUGGAUGUUGUCUUUGCAAAUCGACCGGACAGUAACACCCCCAUGGAAGAAAUUGUUCGCGCCAUGACACAUGUGAUAAACCAAGGAAUGGCGAUGUACUGGGGAACCUCACGGUGGAGUGCUAUGGAGAUCAUGGAAGCCUAUUCUGUAGCAAGACAGUUCAAUAUGAUCCCACCCGUCUGUGAACAAGCUGAGUACCAUCUUUUCCAGAGAGAGAAAGUGGAGGUUCAGCUCCCAGAGCUCUACCAUAAAAUAGGAGUUGGAGCAAUGACGUGGUCUCCCCUUGCCUGUGGAAUCAUCUCAGGAAAAUAUGGAAACGGAGUGCCUGAAAGUUCCAGGGCUUCACUAAAGUGCUACCAGUGGUUGAAGGAAAGAAUUAUAAGUGAAGAAGGGAGAAAACAGCAAAACAAGUUAAAAGACCUUUCCCCGAUUGCCGAGCGUCUGGGGUGCACGCUACCUCAGCUGGCCGUUGCAUGGUGCCUGAGAAACGAGGGCGUGAGUUCCGUGCUCCUGGGGUCAUCCACUCCUGAACAGCUCAUUGAAAACCUCGGCGCCAUCCAGGUUCUCCCGAAGAUGACAACACACGUGGUAAAUGAGAUUGAUAACAUACUGCGCAACAAGCCCUACAGCAAAAAGGACUACAGGUCAUAAGGCAGUGCGUGAACCAAGGAGCUGCAGGGUUAAAACAGUGUCUACACCGGUACAGAAUGGUGUUACUAGCCAGUCUA